GGUGUCUCCACACUUCACGGGCCCUGGAGCCGACCGAGAGCCCCGCCGUUCCCUCCGCCGACGUCCAGCGGGUCUCUGACCCACUGACCACUUCUUCUCCUUUUGUAUCCCACCAAAGAAGCGAGGUGGCGCAAAGCGAUUCCUCCGAGACACAGCCGCCCCUGGCUGGACCGUCUCCCCGUACCCCCAGUCCCUCGCCGUCCCCACGGCCGGCGUUCCGCUGCCUUUCUCCCACCCCGCCGGGUGCGAUGAGGGGCUUCGGGGACCGGGGCCGCGACCGAGACCGCGGCGGGUUUGGAGCAAGUCGUGGAGGUCCUCUUCCUCCAAAGAAAUUUGGUAAUCCAGGGGAACGUUUACGUAAGAAAAAGUGGGAUUUAAAUGAACUGCCUAAGUUUGAGAAGAAUUUUUAUGUGGAACAUCCAGAAGUGGCCAGGCUUACUCCGUACGAAGUUGAAGAGUUGCGAAGAAAGAAAGAGAUAACAAUUCGAGGAAUGGAGGGCUGCCCCAAGCCUGUGUUUGCCUUCCACCAGUGUAGCUUUCCGCAGUAUGUGAUGGAUGCCUUGAUGGACCAAAACUUCACAGAACCCACUCCAAUUCAGUGCCAAGGCUUUCCACUAGCCCUCAGUGGUCGUGAUAUGGUGGGCAUUGCGCAGACUGGCUCUGGGAAGACACUAGCAUACUUGUUGCCUGCAAUUGUUCACAUCAACCACCAGCCAUAUUUGGAGAGAGGGGAUGGCCCAAUUUGUCUGGUUCUAGCACCUACUAGAGAGUUGGCCCAGCAAGUGCAGCAGGUGGCUGAUGAUUAUGGCAAAUGUUCAAGACUGAAGAGUACCUGCAUAUAUGGAGGAGCACCCAAAGGUCCCCAAAUCAGAGAUCUAGAAAGAGGUGUGGAGAUCUGCAUUGCUACACCAGGUCGCUUGAUUGACUUCCUUGAGGCAGGAAAGACCAACCUUCGUCGGUGUACAUACCUGGUGCUGGAUGAAGCAGACAGGAUGCUGGACAUGGGAUUUGAACCCCAAAUUCGUAAAAUUGUUGACCAGAUAAGGCCUGACAGACAGACUCUGAUGUGGAGUGCCACCUGGCCAAAAGAAGUGCGGCAGCUUGCCGAGGACUUCCUGCAGGACUAUGUUCAGAUCAAUGUGGGAAACUUGGAGCUGAGUGCCAACCACAAUAUCCUGCAGAUAGUGGAUGUAUGCAUGGAAAGCGAGAAAGACCAUAAACUGAUACAACUGAUGGAAGAAAUCAUGGCAGAGAAGGAAAACAAGACUAUCAUCUUUGUGGAGACAAAGAGGCGAUGUGAUGAUCUCACUCGAAGGAUGCGCAGAGAUGGUUGGCCAGCUAUGUGUAUCCAUGGAGACAAGAGUCAGCCAGAAAGAGAUUGGGUGCUUAAUGAGUUUCGUUCUGGAAAGGCUCCUAUCCUCAUUGCUACCGACGUUGCAUCUCGUGGGCUAGACGUGGAAGAUGUUAAAUUUGUGAUAAACUACGACUAUCCGAACAGCUCUGAAGAUUAUGUGCACCGUAUUGGCCGUACUGCACGUAGUACCAACAAAGGUACUGCCUACACCUUCUUCACACCAGGAAACCUGAAACAAGCCAGGGAGCUUAUCAAAGUGUUGGAAGAAGCCAAUCAAGCCAUCAAUCCAAAACUGAUGCAGCUUGUGGACCACAGAGGAGGAGGAGGUGGUGGUGGAGGUAAAGGAGGUCGUUCUCGUUACCGAACGAGCAGUUCGGUAAACAACCCUAACCUGAUGUACCAGGAAGAGUGUGACAGGAGGCUUCGGGGAGUGAAAGAGGGACGGAGAGACUCAGGUGGCUUCAGAGACCGUGAGCGUGGUGACAGUUAUGCCAACGGAGCCAACAAGACCUAUGGCAGUGCCUACGGGAGCCCAAAUUCUGCUUUCGGGGCAGCACAGAGCCAGUAUGGUUACACUCAAGGGAGCUAUGGAGCAGCUGCCUAUGGCACGAGUGGCUAUGGCACUGCAGAGUACAGUGCUAGUGGCUAUGGUGCCAGCACCACAGCUGCCACCGCUGGGAGAACCUCACAGAGCACUACCCAACAGCAGUAUGCAGGGAUGGUGGGGCGCUCGGGCCAGCAGCCACAGCCGCUCAUGUCACAACAGUUUCCGCAGCCCCCUGCCACUAACGUGAUGGGCUAUAUGGGACAGACUGCCACCUACCAGUAUCCGCCCCCUCCCCCACCCCCUCCCCCUUCCCGCAAAUGAGACCACUCGCCUCUUGGUGACCAGUGUAGACCUCUUGCAUUUAAAGGAACCUUUUCUUUCUCUCCCAUUGUGAUGUCUCUCUCAUGCAGGUUAGACUUAGAAUUCACCAUUCAAAUCCCUCAAGUCCAUCAAAAACGGCCCCCAGUCCACAUUACUGACCCUAUCCUCUUUUUUUCUUUUUUUUUUUCUUUUUUUUUUUUGUAAGAGAGAUAUAUAGUUGACUGGAAAAUUUAUUAUUUUUUGUCUUGCAUGUUGAGGAAAUUGGAAAUUUUAUUUUCUCUAAAAGAAAUGGGUAUAAGGCAGAUAGGUCCCAGCUCGAUCAUCUUGGUGUCUAAGGUUUGUGUGAAAACUUGCUUUUGAGGGGAGGAAGUUUCGAUUCUGUAACAUGUUAACUUAAUUUCAGGAAGUAUCAAGAGAGGUGGGAAACUUUGGGGAGCCAAAAAGCACUUCAUUUAAAAUGAUAAAUGCAAGGGAGCAAUGCUCACUUCUCCUAAUCUUAAAAUUUUUUUUUUUUUU